CUCGACCAUGUCAGGGUCAAUCCACGAGUUGACAACAUCGAAGCACACACCGGUUAAUCAUGCAAGACAAAGAGGCAAGAGCUCAAUAACAGCAGAACAAUCCCACCACAAAAAUCAACCCGGCCAAGUCCGGAGUACAGAGCUAGUAGGUCAAAUAAACCAUUCGGAGAGAAUUUUUGUUCGGCAUGCUUACACGGCUCUCCGCGCCCAACCAUCGCCGCCGGUGGACUUUCCUCCGUCUCCUUUCGAAAACUUCCACCACAACUUCCGUCGCCGAUCACCCGCCAUCACGAAGCUCAGUUCCCUUGAGCUCAUUCAUUCUCAGCCCAUCAGACCGGCGAAGCACACCCCAAACGACCACCACCGAGCCGCCGCCAGAUGCUGCUUCUCUGACUUCCCUAAUUCUCAAUUCGUCCGACCGGCGGACCUUGGCUCAGAAGCUCCACUCCCCUUCCAUUCAAUGGAGUCCGGAGCUCGUCAAUACGAUCAUGAAGCGGCUCUGGAACCACGGCCCGAAAGCUCUGCAAUUUUUCCACUUGCUCUCCCACCACCCUUCGUACUGCCACGAUGCCUCUUCAUUCGACCACGCCAUCGACAUAUCGGCUCGCCUCCGCGAUUUCCGAACUCUGUGGACUCUGGUCUCCCGGAUGCGAUCAACCAAGAUAGGUCCUUCGCCGAAAACAUUCGCCAUUAUUGCUGAGAGGUAUGCUUCUGCGAAAAGACCUCAUAAGGCUCUGGAUAUCUUCUUGUCUAUGCAUGAAUACGGAUGGUUCCCUGAUUUGAACUCCUUCAAUGCGCUUCUUGAUGUGCUGUGCAAGUCGAAUCAUGUGGAAAUGGCUUAUAAUUUGUUCAAGGCGUUGCGAGGGAAGUUCCGUGCUGAUUGUGUCAGCUAUAAUACAAUUGUGAAUGGUUGGUGUCUGAUUAAGAGGACGGGGAAGGCGGUGGAGGUGAUGAAGGAGAUGGUGGAGAGGGGGGUGAGUCCGAAUUUGACUACAUACAAUAUAUUGAUUAAAGGGUAUUUUAGAGCUUCUCAGAUUGAGGAAGGCUGGAAGUUCUUCUUGGAAAUGAAAAAGAGGAAAUGGGAGGUUGAUGUUGUGACUUAUACUACUGUGAUCCAUGGGCUUGGUGUUGCAGGCGAGAUUAAGAGAUCUCGGAAUGUUUUUGAUCGGAUGGUCAACGAAGGAGUUCUUCCUUCUGUGGCAACUUACAAUGCUUUUAUUCAGGUUUUGUGUAAGAAGGACUGUUUGGAGAAUGCUCUAGUGAUUUUUGGAGACAUGGUGAGAAAAGGUUAUGAGCCAAAUGUAACAACUUACACUGUGCUAAUUCGAGGGUUGUGUCAUGCUGGUGAAUUUGAGAAGGCAUUGCAGUUUAUGGGGAAUAUGAAAGGUGAUGGUUGUCAGCCGAAUUUGCAGACCUACAAUGUGAUGAUUCGGUACUUAUGUGAUGCUGGAGAAAUCGAUAAGGGGUUGGAUUUGUUUGAGAAAAUGGGUGGUGGGGAUUGCUUGCCCAGUUUGGAUACCUACAACAUUCUGAUAAGUGCAAUGUUUGUCCGGAAAAAAGCAGAUGAUUUAUUAUUUGCUGGGAAAUUGUUAAUUGAGAUGGUUGAUAGAGGAUUCGUUCCUCGGAGAUUUACUUUCAAUCGGAUACUUAAUGGGCUGUCAUUAACUGGUAGUCAUGAAUUUGCUAGGAAGAUUCUGAGAUUGCAAAGUAAAUGUGGGCAUGUGCCCCGCAAAGUGAAAUUAUGAAGUCUGCAUAUCUAAAAGGCUGUAGCCUGUAAGAAAGGGAUAAGUGAAUC